GCCGCGGACCCCGCCCCCCUGCGGCGCCGGAGCCGACGCCCGAGCGCCGAGCGGGGCGCGCGGGUGCGGGACCCCGAAGACGCGACCAUGCCGGGCGGGGCCGAGGCCGGGGAGGCCGAGGAGGAGGCCGGCGCGGGGUCGGGGUCCGAGGCGGAGGAGGAGGCGCUGUGGGAGCGGAUCGAGGGCGUCCGGCACCGGCUGACGCGCGCCCUGAACCCCGCCAAGCUCACGCCCUACCUGCGCCAGUGCCGGGUCAUCGACGAGCAGGACGAGGAGGAGGUGCUGAGCACCUACCGCUUCCCGAGCCGCGUCAACCGCACGGGACGCCUGAUGGACAUCUUGCGCUGCCGGGGCAAGAGAGGCUACGAGGCGUUUCUGGAAGCCCUGGAAUUUUACUACCCCGAGCACUUCACGCUGCUCACCGGCCAGGAGGCUGCCCAGCGCUGCUCCAUGAUCCUGGAUGAGGAGGGCCCCGAGGGCCUCACCCAGUUCCUCAUGACCGAGGUGCGGCGGCUGCGCGAGGCCCGCAAGAACCAGCUGCAGCGCGAGCAGCAGCUGCAGGCGCGCGCGCGGGCGCUGGAGGAGGAGCGCGCGGCGCAGGAGCGGCGGCUGCGGGAGCUGCAGCAGGUGCAGGAGCGCUGCCAGCGGCUGCGCGAGGACUGGGAGGCGGGCAGCCUGGAGCUGCUGCGCCUCAAGGACGAGAACUACAUGGUGGCCAUGCGCCUGGCGCAGCUCAGCGAGGAGAAGAACUCGGCCGUGCUGCGCAGCCGCGACCUGCAGCUGGCGGUGGAUCAGCUGAAGCUCAAGGUCAGCCGGCUGGAGGAAGAGUGUGUCCUGCUGCGCCGCGCCCGGGGGCCCCUGCCCGCCGCGGCCAGCGCCACGGACGAGCGGGAGAAGGAGCCGGACGACGGCCCCGACCUGGUGUCCGAGCUGCGAGCAGAGAACCAGCGGCUGACAGCAUCCCUGCAGGAACUGCAGGAAGGCCGGCAGCAGGAGGCGAGUCGGCCCGGGGCCCCCGGCUCCGAGCGCAUCCUGCUGGACAUCCUGGAGCACGACUGGCGGGAGGCGCAGGACAGCAGGCAGGAGCUGUGUCAGAAGCUGCACGCCGUGCAGGGCGAGCUGCAGUGGGCCGAGGAGCUGCGCGACAAGUAUCUGCAGGAGAUGGAGAGCUUGCGGCUAAAGCACUGCACGCUGCAGAAGGACUGUGACCUGUACAAGCACCGUAUGGCCACCGUGUUGGCCCAGCUGGAGGAGAUCGAGAAAGAGCGCGACCAGGCCAUCCAGAGCCGGGACCGCGUGCAGCUGCAGUACUCGCAGAGCCUGGUGGAGAAGGAUCAGUACCGCAAGCAGGUGCGCGGGCUGGAGGCCGAGCGGGACGAGCUGCUGACGUCACUCACCGCGCUGGAGGGGGCCAAGGCGCUGCUGGACGCGCAGCUGCAGCGCGCGGUGGGCGGCGCUGGACUCACGGCCUGUACGUCCUUCCAUUCCCUCUGCUCCAAUCACAGCAGCACCUGGAGCCUGAGCGAGUUCCCCUCCCCCCAGGGGGGCCCGGACGCCUCCGGGGAGUCGGCCAUCACGGGGGGCUCCGAGCCCCACACCUCGGAGGAGGCCACGGACAGCGAGAAGGAGAUCAACCGUCUGUCCAUCCUGCCCUUCCCGCCCAGCGCUGGCUCCAUCCUCCGGCGGCAGCGUGAGGAGGACCCCGCCCCCCCCCGCAGGUCCUUCAGCAGCAUGUCCGACAUCACAGGAAGUGUGACCCUCAAGCCCUGGUCGCCUGGCCUGUCCUCGUCCUCGUCCUCCGACAGCGUGUGGCCACUGGGGAAGCCGGACCUGCUCAACAGCUCUUUGGCCAUCCGCGUGUCCGGCCGGAGCCCCCCAGGAGGGCCUGAGUCCCAAAGCAGGGGUCCUGAUGGCCUGUCUCUCCUGGCGGACAGCUGGUCUGGGGCCAUGGUGCGGAGGGUGAUGUCGGGACCGGGAUCUGCCCGCGUGGAACCCAGAGAGCCCCGGGCAGAGGCUGGCCUGGAAGGGGAGCUGCAGCAGAGAACCUUGACCUGGAACCAGACGUCCACCCUCCCCUGCUUGCUGGACUCCAAGGCCUACCAGUCCUUCCACGAGGCCCUGGACGCCUGGGUGAAGGGGGCGGGCACCGAACCCUUCUACAUCCGCGCCAACCUCAGCCUGCCCGAGCGCGCCGACCCCCACGCGCUGUGCGUGAAGGCGCAGGAGAUCCUGCGGCUCGUGGACCCCGCCCACAAGCGGAGGCAGGAGUGGUUCUGCGCGCGGGUGGACCCCCUGACACUGCGGGACCUGGACCGGGGCACCGUGCCCAACUACCAGAGAGCCCAGCAGCUCCUCGAGGUCCAGGAGAAGAAUCUGCCCUCCGGCCGGCACCGGGCCCCCCGCAAUAAUCUGAAGAAGCGAGCCCUGGACCAGCUGCGGCUGGUGAAGCCCAAGCACACGGGGGGCACUGCAGGGGACGCCCCCGAGUCGCUGCUGCUGGAGCCGUGUGCGGAGCCCCCGCAGAGCCUCAAGCCCUACAGCCUGGUGCGACCCCUCCUGGUGCCCGCCCUGCGCCCGGUGGUGCUUCUCCCCGAGUGCCUGGCGCCCCGGCUCAUCCGCAACCUGCUGGACCUGCCCAGCUCCCGCCUGGACUUCCAGGUGUGCCCGGCAGAGAGCCUCUCGGGGGAGGAGCAGGGCACGUCCUCGGCCCCCGGCGCCCCCAAAGCCCGGCCGGCCACCCCUGGACUGGGCAGCAGGAUCCGCGCCAUCCAGGAGUCUGUGGGGAAGAAGCACUGCCUCCUGGAGCUGGGCGCGCGUGGCGUGCGGGAGCUGGUGCGGAGCGAGAUCUACCCCAUCGUCAUCCACGUGGAGGUGACAGAGAAGAACGUCCGGGAGGUCAGGGGCCUGCUGGGCCGGCCAGGCUGGCGGGACUCGGAGCUGCUGCGUCAGUGCCGGGGGUCCGAGCACUCCCUGUGGGGGCUGCCGUGCUCCUGGGCGCAGGUGUCGGCGCACGCUUGGACCCACGGCGAGGAGCUGGCCAAGGUGGUGCGCGGCCGCAUUCUGCAGGAGCAGGCGCGCCUGGUGUGGGUGGAGUGCGGCAGCGGGGGCGGCGGCGGCCCCGGCUGCAGCGAGGCCUGAGCGGGGACCGUCCCCGCGGGCACCGGCUCCCAAGCCCCUCGGACUCGGGGACUCUCGGGCGGGGGGGCGCCCUGGCUUUCCCGCCGUUCCUGUUCUUGCUGCUC